AUGGCGGCGGCCGCGGCGCUCCCGGGCGCGGGCGGGCCUCCCGCGGGCGGCGGGGCCGGGGGCGGCGGGGGCGCGGGAGGCGGGUCCCCGCCAGGCGGCUGGGCCGUGGCGCGCCUCGAGGGCCGCGAGUUCGAGUACCUGAUGAAGAAGCGCUCGGUGACCAUCGGGCGCAAUUCGUCGCAGGGCUCGGUGGACGUGAGCAUGGGCCACUCGAGCUUCAUCUCGCGGCGCCACCUGGAGAUCUUCACGCCCCCGGGCGGCGGCGGCCAUGGCGGGGCGGCCCUGGAGCCGUGCGCGCCGCCCGGGCCCGACGCCGGCGGCGACUUCUACCUGCGCUGCCUUGGCAAGAACGGCGUGUUCGUGGACGGCGUGUUCCAGAGGCGCGGGGCGCCGCCGCUGCAGCUGCCGCGUGUGUGCACGUUCAGGUUCCCGAGCACAAACAUCAAGAUAACGUUCACUGCCCUGUCCAGUGAGAAGAGGGAGAAGCAGGAGGCACCCGAGUCUCCAGUGAAGCCCGUGCAGGCCCACAUCUCACCCCUGACCAUCAACAUUCCAGACACCAUGGCCCACCUCAUCAGUCCCCUCCCCUCCCCAACAGGAACCAUCAGUGCUGCAAACUCCUGCCCGUCCAGUCCCCGGGGAGCAGGGUCUUCAGGAUACAAAAUGGGCCGUGUGAUACCAUCUGACCUCAAUUUAAUGGCUGACAACUCGCAGCCAGAAAAUGAAAAGGAAGCUUCAGGUGGAGAUAGCCCAAAGGAUGAUUCAAAGCCACCUUAUUCCUAUGCACAAUUAAUCGUACAAGCAAUUACGAUGGCUCCUGAUAAACAACUCACCCUAAAUGGAAUUUAUACGCACAUCACUAAAAAUUACCCGUACUACAGGACUGCAGACAAGGGCUGGCAGAAUUCAAUUCGCCACAAUCUCUCUCUGAAUCGUUAUUUCAUCAAAGUACCACGUUCCCAGGAAGAACCAGGCAAAGGCUCCUUCUGGAGGAUAGAUCCUGCCUCUGAAAGCAAACUGAUCGAGCAGGCCUUUAGGAAACGGCGGCCCAGGGGCGUGCCUUGCUUUAGAACCCCUCUGGGACCCCUGGCGUCUAGAAGCGCCCCAGCCUCUCCCAAUCACGCUGGAGUGCUGUCUGCUCACUCCAGCGGCGCCCAGACCCCUGAGAGCCUGUCAAGGGAAGGCUCACCGGCCCCCUUGGAGCCUGAGCCUGGAGCCUCACAGCCUAAACUCGCCGUCAUCCAGGAGGCACGGUUUGCCCAGAGUGCACCAGGCUCGCCUCUGUCUAGUCAGCCCGUUUUAAUUGCUGUGCAGCGACAGCUGCCACCAACGAUCAAGCCCGUCACCUACACUGUCACCGCCCCUGUGACCACUUCGACCUCCCAGCAGCCCGUUGUGCAGACAGUUCACGUUGUCCACCAGAUCCCAGCAGUCUCUGUCACCAGCGUAGCUGGACUGGCCCCAGCGAACACGUACACCGUGGCUGGGCAGGCAGUGGUCACUCAGGCGGCCGUGCUGGCCCCGCCCGAGGCAGAGCCACAGGAGAACGGCGACCACAGGGAGGUGAAAGUGAAAGUAGAGCCCAUCCCGGCAGUUAGCCACGCCACGCUAGGCGCCGGCCGGAUCAUUCAGACGCCACAGGCCACCCCUGUCCAGACGGUCACCAUAGUACAACAGGCACCUCUAGGUCAGCACCAGCUACCAAUAAAAACUGUGACGCAAAAUGGGACUCACGUGGUGCCAAUCCCUGCCGUCCACAGCCAGGUGAACAAUGCAGUGGCGAGUCCUCUGCACAUGCUGGCCACGCAUGCAUCUGCAUCGGCCUCCCUGCCCACAAAGCGCCAGAAUGGUGACCAGUCGGAGCAGCCGGAGGUAAAGCGGGUCAAGACUGAAGACAGCGAGAGCAUUGUCAUUGCCCUGAGCGUGGACACGCCAACACCAGCCGUGAGGGAGAAGGGCGCCCAAAACUAGCGACGGGGCGUUCUUCCACUUCGGUGCCACCUCUUCUGGUGCCAGAAGGAGACACUGCCUCCCACCGACGCUUGGAGCGCAUUCUCUCGGUGGGUAGAGGGCCCUGCGGUUGGACUUCACCUCAGCACUGAAAACACAAACCCAGGUGGCCUUAAAACUCCUUAAUUUAAAGACAGAAGUCACACCUAAACAGAACCACACACACCAAAACCUGGUUCCAGCCGUGUCUCCCUGCGCUCAGCUUUUAACUCUCAGUAAGACUCACCGCCUCCUUGAGGGGACCUGCAGGAGCCGCCCCACCACCCUUGGGGACCCUUGGGGCUGGUGCUGGCAGACAAGACAGUAUUCUGUUGUUCACACAUGGAAUUAGAAUAUUUUGAGAUGUACUCUCUUUCUUUACAGAAUAAUGGGGUCUUUGGCAUUUCAGAUCACUCCAUUUCUACUUUGGAAGCCGUGGAGUACACAGGGCCCUUCAUGUGGAUCUCACCUGGGAAAAGAAACAGUGGAGUUUGGUUUGUCCUGUUGCUCGUUUCCAGCCGACAGAAUGGUUUGCUUUUGUCCUGGUACAGUUGAGGUGGAGCUACUUGAUGACAUCCACAGAUUUUCUGUUAGAGAAGCUGCCUGAUGAAUUUUAACCCACCUCCUUUUCAGCGUGCAGGACAGACGGACGCUGCAUGUUCCCUGAGGAAAGACCUCUGGACACAGAGCUGCACUCGCUGCUCCCCUUUCUUGGUACUUGUGUUUGUUCUUUGUGUUGACUCUGUCCCAGCAUAAUUUUCCACUCGAAGUAAAACGAGUCUCCUAAGUAUUGUGUAUGUUUAAAACGACACAACUAAGUACUACUACCUUUGGAAACAAGCUUCUGUCUUUCCCACACACCCUUUCAAACAAACAUCGCACGUUUCUCUUUUGCGUGUGUGCUACUUCAGGUGCGGAGCCCGUGGCUGCCGUAGGCAUCAUCCCACCAGUGGCCCGCCGGGCUGGUGAGAACCGCUACGGGGCCGGAGUGGAAGCCGCCGGGAGACACACAGGCCUUGGAGGCAAGCACCCUGCGGGGCUAAGCCUGUUAACCUCCGGGUCCUUUCUGACCUGUAAUAGGAGAUUCCCCUCCACCUUUCAGAGCGGAAUCCGGUCCUCAGGCUGACUGCUCUCCUGCAGAAAAUGAAAGCGAGAGGCCAGGAAACAGGUGAGAGCUCGCGAAGCCGCAGGCCCUGCACAGGCCCAGCCCCGCUCCUCCGGCGGCAAGCCACUCGCCUUUCCAGAGGGUUCCAGGGGGUCAGGGCCAAGCAGCCAUGCAAACAGGAGGGCUUUGGCUUUGUGUGAGUUUUUAAAUGUCAUCAUCAUAACGUUAUUUAUUUAAAUGUAGUUAUUUUGGUAUUUAAUUUUUUUUUUUAAGAGAGGAAAAAAAACCUGUAUUUUCCUGGUGGAAUGAAAUGGCUCAGAAUGGUAUAUUUAGGCAAUUUCAAAACAUUUAUUAUUUACCUGAAGACCAAAUAUGAUAAAUCUGUUCAAAGUAUUGUGUGUCAAUCCUCAGUAUGGAGCUGUCACAAUGUUACUGCAGAUGAUGCAUAUUAAAAAUUAUGAAAUUACUGCACACUAGCUGGAUUUAUAACAGCCAUUUAAAAAAUAAAAACAAAACUAUCAUGUGAAUGAGACCACGUGUGUGACAGUAGCAAAAUCUAAUGUGCACACUGAAGCAUGGCUGGAUCAGAGCACCUCGUGGCAGCCAUCUGCCUCUUCCAGGCACUGUGCAGAGACCUGGGAAUGUAUGGGUUUGUCUUUUCACUCAGAAGGUUUGCAACUUGCAGAAUAAUUGGGAUUGCAUUGUUUCUUGAGUGUGGGGUCAGGUCCCUCUCGAGUCAAGGUGCCUGCAGCUCCUGGACCAUGAGCUCUGAGGAGAUGAGUGGACGAGCCCAGCCUGGGGAGGUCAGCUCAGGAGGCACUAGGCAAAUGCACUGUGUGUCCUGGAGAUGCAUCUGCACAGCAGCACACCUGUCGCUGUCUGGAAAGACUUGGUGGACUUUUCCCUCUGCUGGCUCAGCCUGUCAACUGGUUAUUUCUGAGCCUGUGGGUCUGGAGGGGUUUUGCUGGGAUUAUAGAUAAGAAAAAGGCCUAGUUCUCAAAUCUGAAAGAAGAGAAGGUAAGUCUUUUGCUGUAGGACAGCUGGAGUGUGCCUUUUUCAGAGGUGUGAGCAUUGUUUGCUUCUCAUUCUUGCCGCCUUAUUCAGUUGGCUUGUUGAUUGGUACAUAGAAAUUAAGAAUAUCAAGGAGAGGGCAGAAAAAAAAACCCUGGAUUAGCAAACUACCAUAUCCUAGGCACUUUGAAAGUUUUUAAAAUUUAACUCUGGAUCCCCAAGAGCUCAUAACACACCCAGGGUCACUGAGCUGUGUCCUUCAUGUCCUACUCAAUGCCUGGUGCUAUGUCAACAGACAAGUUGCGCUGAACUCCCUCCCAACUGUCCGCUGGCGGUUCCUAAGGGACUUAAUUCCGGAAGUCUCUGCUUUGACCUUUGCCAAACCUCUGAGCUCCCUGAGGGACAAGAAACUUCAUUUCAGCAGCUUUGCCCUGAACCAAACAAAAAUACAAAAGGAAAACUAACAUACGAUCCAUGUGAUGUGGUGCAUUCCAGGGUGUCUGUGCAUGGUUUUUGGAUUGACUGUCCUCUCGCGUCGGUAGAGUCCCCAUGUGAAUUGUUGAGCUCCUUAAAUACACCACGCCUCGCAUCUUUGUCUUCUGUUAAAACAACAGAGUAGACGGGAGCCGUGGUUAAAAGGGGCUUGGGGUUUCUAUGCUGUGUGACACAAGAAGAUAGUGACAAUCUUCAAGUCGUAACCUCCACUGUUCUAGAAAGUAUAGUGAUAAUUUGUGUGCAAAGAUCUGAAAUUUUAAAAAGUACCAAGUUCCUGAAAUUCAAUAAAAUAUUUUUAUUAAUUUUAA